GAAAGCACCUCAAGUCCUUGCAAGUGGGCUGGUAUCGUUUGCAAUGAUGGUGGAAGCAUGAUAGAGAUCAACUUAGACGAUACCAUUUGGUAUGAGAAUGGCAAGUUACACAAUUUCAACUGCAACUUCUCUUCAUUCCCAAAUUUGGUCCGAUUCAAGCUAGCAGGAAAGGGGCUAUAUGGGAGCAUCUCGCCAGAGAUUGGUAGUGUUUCUAAACUCACUUACCUUAACUUAUCUUGGAAUAGUCUUUCAGGUGAACUACCUCUCUCACUCGCAAAACUCACUCAGUUAGAGAAGCUUGAUAUUUCUUUCAAUCAAAUGAGCGGUCCAAUUCCCUUACAAUUGGGAAACCUAAGUAGCCUUGUUGAAUUAUACCUGGGUGGAAAUUACUUCAGUGGUACAAUCCCUUCAACUCUUGGUCUUUUGACUUCUCUCACUCAUUUUGAUUUACAUUCAAAUCAAAUCAAUGGUACCAUCCCUUCUAAAAUUUAUAAUUUGAAGAAUUUGAUGGUUUUGCAUUUGGGUAUAAACAAUCUUUUUGGUCCUAUUUCUUCAAAAAUUGGAAACCUGAAAAAUGUGGUUUCUCUAAACCUUUCUCAUAACUUGCUCAUUGGUCCACUUCCUCGUACUAUGGGUUGUUUGACAAACUUGACCCUUCUCUCUCUUGCUUCCAACCAAAUCAAUGGCUCCAUUCCCCUAGAAAUAGGAAACAUGAGAAAGCUGAGGCACUUGGAUCUCCAUAAUAAUGGCCUUGCUGGCCUAAUCCCUUCAACUAUAGGGAGCUUGACCGAAUUGGUGUUUCUGGAUUUUAGUGUUAAUAAUUUCGUUGGUUCAAUUCCUCCAUACCUGGGUCAUUUAACCAAUUUAAGAUAUCUGGACAUUCAUUCAAAUCAAAUAAAUGGUUCCAUAAAUUCGACGAUCGCAGAUUUGCCAUUUUUAGAAAAGUUGGAUCUAUCAAGUAACCAUAUAUCUGGAAUCAUUCCGCAAGAGCUUAGUCAGUUAGCCAAAUUGCGAUAUCUUAAUCUUUCCUCGAACAAACUUUCAGGCAACGGUUUUUCCUCAAACGCAAUUUCUGUUCUGGAUCUGUCCCACAACAAUCUGAGCGAAUUAUUCCCAUUUUACGAGUGCUAUUCUUUGGAGGAAUUGUUUUUGAGCCACAACCAAUUUUAUGGAAGCAUUCCGCCUCAUCUUUCUUACUCAUAUAACUUAACUACCAUCGACCUUAGUCACAACUUGUUUAGUGGAAAAAUACCCCCUACCCUUGGGGACCUCCGUUUCUUACAGCACUUGGAUCUCAGCUUUAAUAAUCUCACUGGUAACAUUCCCAGCACUUUUGGUUCACUAUACAUCCAAAUGAAUUUGUCUUACAACUCUUUGGAAGGUCCAAUCCCAGAUGGUUUUUGGAGUUAUAAUUCACUUCUAGGCAACACGAAUUUAUGCUCUGAUCACAUCUCAGGACUACCUAAUUGCUCCACAUGGAUUAAGAAAUUCUCAAGGACUGCUACAAUUAUUCUUUUCAUGGUUACCCUUGGAUUCUUAUUGCUUGGAAUUAUUGGAAUUAGAAUUGCUUUCCACUCUCGUCAAAAGGAAAUUAGGAACAAACAACAUGAGUCUAAAGCAAUGAGGACUGGAGAUUUAUUCUCAAUAUGGAAUUUUGAUGGAAAUAUUGCAUUUGAAGACAUCAUUACAGCAACAGAGGACUUUGACAUCAAAUAUUGUAUUGGAACUGGUGGUUAUGGUAGCGUUUACAAAGCUAACUUACCUAGUGGAAAAGUUGUUGCCCUUAAAAAACUUCAUCGUUUAGAGGCCGAUGAGACAUCUUUUGACAAGAGUUUCAGAAAUGAAGCAAAAGCCUUGUCUGAAAUUCGUCACCGUAACAUUGUGAAGCUUUAUGGGUUUUGCCUACAUCAAAGAUGCAUGUUUUUGAUUUAUGAAUACAUUGAAAGAGGAAGCUUAUUUUAUGUCCUAAGCAAUGACAUUGAAGCCAAGGAGUUGAAUUGGAAGAAACGUGUGAACAUCAUUAAAGGCAUAGCAAAUGCUUUAUCUUACUUGCAUCAUGAUUGCAUUCCAACAAUUGUCCAUCGAGACGUAACCACCAGCAACAUUUUACUAAACUCAGAAUUUGAGGCAUUUGUUGCAGAUUUUGGCAUAGCUAGACCCUUAAAUCCUAAUUCCUCCAAUUUAACCACACUUGCUGGCACCUACGGAUAUAUUGCCCCAGAACUUGCUUACACCAUGGUUGUGAAUGAAAAAUGCGAUGUCUAUAGCUUCAGUGUAGUGGUGCUAGAAACAAUAAUGGGAAGGCAUCCAGGAGAGCUAAUUUCCUCAUUGGCAUCAUCAUCCACUCAACAUAUCAUGCUGAAAGAUGUCUUAGACCCUCGCCUCUCACCUCAUAUCAACCAAACAAUUGCUCAGAGUGUGGUUCUAGUUGUAACGCUAGCAUUGGCAGGCCUACGUUCCAAUCCCAAAUCCCGCCCCACAAUGAAACAAGUAUCACAGGAGUUUUCUGUUCAAAGGUCACAAUUGCCCAAGCCCUUUGCUGAAAUUUCAAUGCAACAGUUGAUGAAUCAAGAAAUUUAUGUUAUAGAGAAAUAAUUCUAACUUUUUUCCACCAAAAAAAAAAAAAAAAAGAGAGACAA